AUGUGGUUUUCACAAUGGGAUAUGGGAAGUGCUGUGUGGGAAGGAAAAGAGAAAAGUAAGAAAACAUAUGAAAAUUCACCACACCGAUUUGUUGAAGAAUGGGACACACCUAUUUUAUGUAUUCAUAGUGAAAAAGAUUAUCGAGUAGUGGUGAGCCAAAGGAUUGCAGCAUUUAAUGCUGCAAGGAUGAAAGGAGUGGCAGCGGAGUUAUUAUAUUUUCCCGACGAAAACCACUGGGUUGUUAAAGCACAAAAUGGGAUGUUAUGGCAAAGAACAUUUUUUAGAUGGUUGAGACGAUGGUUAGAAUGA